AUGCUCAGCAGAUUUGGCCUGGCACCUGGGCACCUCACAUUGGAAACAUGCAUCUCAAGUACCCGCAUCAUCUGCGACCGCAAGUUCCUGCUGGAGUGCAAGAUUCACCCCGCGGCCAGGACCCCUCCCUGCUGCCUGCCCCAGACCCCCGGUGUCACAUCCCUGGCCCAGUCCAGCCUCGUCAAGCUGGAGGAGCUCAAGGAGCGGAAUGAGAGCCAAGAGGCCAUGCCAGAUCAAGACCAGUUUGAGAUGGACAUCUGAGUUUCCAUCUCCCCGUCUCCAGGCCAUGGCUGGGCCUGUUCCUGGGCCUCGUGGAGGUGCUGGCACCGUGACCAGCUGGCUGCAGCCCUCUCUGAUGCUGGGGAUGGACGUGU